AUGGAGAAUUUUAAGAAUUUCGAAAACUUUUUCAAUGUAAGUUUUUUUUGAGAAUUUAUAAAUUUAUGGAAUUUUUGCAGAUUUAUCUCGAUAAAUUGGAUGUUUGUAAUUGUGAUUUCAAAAUAAAUCAAGAAAAACCAACAAUUCAAAAACUUGCUUUACAUGCACAUCAUCGAGCACAAGCUUCAAAUUAUAUCGAAACAAUGAUUUUGAAAAUAAUUCGAAAUCAAAAUGAUGCUGAUGUUCCUUAUAAUAUUCGACAAUUUUUGAGAAAUAUCAGUGAUUUUUUUGAGCCUGAUAAUCGAACAAAAAUGCGAUUUGAGAAAAUGAGAGAUGUUUCAAGAGCAAUGGAAAAGGAAAAAGAUGGAAAAACACCAAAAUCAACAGCAAAAUUGGCUAAACGAUCGAUUUCCCCGAAAGAAGAAUUCACUUUCAAACAACGUGUUCCAUGGCAUCCAAAAGUCACUGAAUUAUCACCAAAAAAACGUGCACAUCGUUAUGAUUUUGCUGAUCCAAAACGAAUAAUUACAAGAAGAGAUUAUAGAAUGUCGAAUAAUCUUUGUCUUCUAAAUGCACAGAAAAAGUUGUAAGUAGUUUUGAAUUUUAAAAGGGAAGAUUUUUGAAGAAAUUUUCGAAUUUUCAGCAUCAAAGAGCAAGAAAAAUCGAGCAUUGUGCGAGGAUUUGGAAAAAAAUAG